AUGGAAGACUUGAAAUCCAUUCUAUGGUCUGUGGAAGAGCUGAUUUACCUCAGUCCAGAAAAUGAUGACUUUUACGACAAAGAAGAGACAGAAAUAACGAAAAAACUGGCAGAUUUGUGUAGGAGCCAUGCGGAAGAAGCGCCGAAAAAAGUGAGUGAAAUAGAUUGUCAAGUAGAAGAGUUAACAUCUCAAGUUAGAAACUUGUUCCACUUUUUAAAGUUGAUUAAAGCAGGGAACCAUAAGGAGUGCAUCGUUGACCCAUGGGUACGAGACAUAUUUCAGUUCAUUUCUGAUACUCUUAAAAAUGACGACAUCAGCAGUAUUAGCUUGGUGAAGGAGGAAUUAUUUUGUUAUGUUUCUCGCGAAAAGGUAGAUAUAGGGAAGAGAUGGGGCCCCAAGGCGGAAGAACAAAGUGAAGGCCUGAAUGGCAAUAAAGUUCCUUUUUUUCAAAUUUGCUUUACGUUCCUUCACGAAAUAAAAAUUCUCCUCUGCUGCUACGCAUUUUUGAAUAUGUUCGUGCAGUACAACUGGACAGGGCCUCCACCCCCCAACAGGGACAGCGAAAAGAAGAAAAUGCAAACAUCACAGGUGUGCGACGAAGACAAUCAUUUUUGCGAGUUCAUCCAAACGAUGAAAAUAAAAAAUGAAGAGUUUUUAAAUUCAUGUUUGGAAUUUUUAUCGCUGGAGGGGGAGACCAUAUAUGCCCACUGUGAGUUAAUGAAUGCCUUCUGUUUAUCCGUAAUUUUGCUGGACCUAGUGAAUAAUUUUAAUCAAACAGAUCAGCCGAUUAUGUGUUCAAAUGAGUACAGCUACUUCGAGGAAAGGACACCAAACGGAUUGGGCGAAAACUCCCAAGAUGGUAAUUCUUCCACGCCGCAGAUGACGUGUGUGCCUGAGAAGGAAAACCCAGUAGGGAUGAACCAAAAAGGAGAAAAAAAAAAAAAAUACAAUGAGACGAAGCUUCUACACUUUGUUAAAAGCAAAUAUUUGUGGAAAGCCAGAAUUUAUUUCAUAUGGCAGAGACUGUUUGCUGCAUCUAGCAACGACUGUUUUUAUUCCUUGAAAAUCCACGUAGUGGACAUUCCACUUAGGAUAUUUAAAAACGUGAAACUACUGACUAGCGAUUUUGAACUAAUUGAUCAAGAAAUAAAUGUCAUUGAACAAGUACCAGACAUUUUUGCCCAUUUGAGAGAAAAUGAAAAGGACUUGCAAAAUUGCGACCUCUUUUGUGAAAAUUACAUGUCACAAAAUUUCCAGAUUUGUGCUUUAUCUAACUUUUCCAUAUACUUGGCCUUCUACAAUUAUGUAUAUGCUUAUCAGAGGUUACUGGACGUUCUUGCGGAGAUGAGUCAGUUUAGCUACUCCUUCACCGGAAGAAUGGGAAUAAAGAGAAAGUACCAGAAGAUACCUGCCACCAUUUUAGUGCUGAAGGCGAAAAGGGGACAAGAGGAGGACAACACAUCUGUAGUUUUGAAAGAAAUAGAGCCCCUCAGUGAGUACGACAUAUUGAGGAGUGACUACCGAAUUAUUGAUGAUAAGAAAGGAGGGGAUGCCCAUGAGGAGGAAAGUGAAAAGAGGGAAGAAGGCGCAGGUGAGGAAACUCCCUCCAGUUUAGCCGCUUCGCAGAAGAUGACUACGGAGGAGUGUGAGGAGAGAAACUGCUGUGUUCGCGGAAAAAAAGCGGAUGAAGUAAGCCCAGAGGUAGAAUGUUUAGGAGAAGAACAUGUAGACAAAAUGACAUGCAAAAAAAUGGAAGCAAAAAAUGGGGAAGAGAUUGACCAAAAGGGUGAGAAGUCGACGGAUCAUCAUGCCAAUCCGAUUGGGGAAGAAAAAUCCCCCGAAGGGUGCACCUCCUCGGGAAUCGAACCCCCCACCAACAUUGACACAGAAGAAUGCUCACCAAAUAGGGACGAACAGGCUAAAACAAAUCAAAACGGAAAAGUAAUGUGGAAAUUAAAAGACCUCGACCCAGAUACAGACAUAUUAGAAGAGCCAUACUUUACGGAUUCACAAAAUAACUAUUUUAAAAUAUUAACAUUUGAUGAACAGAUAACCUUGAUCAACUUUUGCUAUUCCAUGAUUAGAUUCAAUCCACACUACGACGAAAUAAAGUUCGAAAAGAUAAGUGCAGUUAUAUCUAGGUGCCUCAAAUGCUAUGAUGUAAAUGUGGAAUCGAGCAAGAAGGAACAAAAAGGAAUAAAAAAUAGAGACAACAAUUUGUUACAGAUAAAAUAUCAGAAUUGGCUAUUGCACUCGUGUAUUCUAUGGUAUAAGUGCAAAUGUGAAACAUUUCGAUUGAAGACCGUAGAUAGAGCUGCUGCGCAGCUAAAUGAAUUACUGAAAGAGACAUACGAUAUGAAACCACACGGGGGAGAAAGGGUAAAAUUCCUUUUUGAUGUGUACUAUCCAACCACUUGGGAACUGAAAAAAGAAAUAGGAAAUAUUAUGGUGAAAACGGGAUCUGUAGUGUCCGCUUUCAACCUUUUUAAGGAUUUGAAAUUAUGGGAAGAAGCCAUCACCUGUUUGAUUCAAGCAGAUAGAAAAGAAGAAGCAAAAGAGUUAUUAGACGAUCUGCUAGAAAAAAAAAAAACUCCCCCUUUGUUAUGUUUAUACGGAUUGGUCGACACGAAGAAUGCCUUGAACUAUUACAUAGAUGCAUGGAAACUGUCAAAUUAUAAAUAUGCGAAAGCGGCAAGAUUUAUUGGGAAUUUUUACUACCGUAAGGAAAUGUACAAUCCGUGUUGUGAGUAUUUAGAAAAGGCUCUGGAAAUAUCUCCCCUUUUUCCCGACAUAUGGUUUAUCCUAGGUUGCUCCUACAUGAAAAUAGAAAAAAUCGAUGAGUCCGUAAAAGCAUUCACACGUAUGGUUAGCAUGACGAAUGAAGAUUCUGGAAAGGCUUAUGGAAAUUUGGCCUACCUGUAUAUGAAAAAAGAAAUGUACAAAGCAGCAAAAAUUUGUAUAAAUCAAGCUGUCAAGGUUGACAAUAAUGAGUGGAAAUAUUGGGAUACUUAUCUUAAAUUGUCCAUUAUGCAAAAUGACGUCGAUAGUUUCUGCUUGGCAUUGAUCACUUUAUGUCAAAAGAAUAAAGUCAAACAGAUACAGCCGUGGGUUUAUGAAUACAUCUCUGAUCUUAUUGUAAAUGACAAGCAGACCAUAAUUCCUGAUAAAAAUGGAUUGAGUUAUCUGGACAAAGUUAUUACAACCAUGGGCACCAUAUCGGCUUACAUUUCUGAGUGUGACUCCUACUGGAAUGCGUUCUCCUUUUUUCUCUUUAUAAAGGGCAGAUUCGUUGACUCGUACGAGGCAAAAGUUAAGGAGAUACGCUCCUUAGAGAGUGUAGCACAAAAGUGCACCACCAAAGAUGUAGUUGACAGGCUGAUUUCCAAACAAGUUGCCGCCGUGAAAUUCUUGUAUCAUAUUAUUAAGACACAUUACGUCGAGGAGAAGAGAGGAAACUUUAAAUACCAGUUAAGGAACAUUAUCGAGUCCAUUCUGAGGCAAUACAAGGAUAUUAGUCAGCAGGAGGUAACUGAGUUGUCGCAAAUUAUGCAGAUUAUAAAAUGA